AAUAUCUCAUAUUAUGUACUUAUGUAUAAUUAUGUGCAAUAUUUUUUUUUUUAUUCUGUAUACCAUUAAUCACACUAAUACACACUACCAUUCAGUAUGAUUUUUUUAAAAUAAAUUAAUACUUCUAUUUAGCAAGUACCGGUAUACAUUAUGAUUUUCUGACAAACACUUUAAGCUGUUUUACUUAACUUGAUAAUUUCCUAAAAACCAAAUCAUCAUAUCAGAAUGCUUUCUGAAGGAUCAUGUCGCAUUGAAAAUUGGUAGCGUAUAUACCUUAUAUAAAAGCAAACAUAACAUCUUCAUAGUAAUAAAUAAGAUUUUGUUGAUUCAUAAUAGACAGACAUAAUAAAUAAUGUUAUAUUGAUGUUGUCAUAAUAUGUUGUCCUUUUCCAGUACUCUGUAAACUGUCUAUUUUAACUUAAUUUAUUUUUAAUGCAUUUAUAUAACAGGGUGUGUUCUUUUUUCUAAAAAUCAUCUGUGUGGGAGAGUGCGAGAAUGUGUUAUGUGAGCGAGUGGAUAAGUGUGUCUUGAGUAUCAGUCCUAUCGAAACGGUAGUACAGUGAGUCACAAUCUCAAACGCUCAACGUCCCCCAUCCCUCGCUCCCAUACACAUACUCCCUGUUCAAGCAUUAUUUAAAAGAACAGCGCUCCGUUUUUUUCAAGGGCUCAUAAUAGAUACCGGAGAGAUGGUUGCCAGCAUGCUUUUUCAGUCUUUUUCUUUUCUGACUUGAAGUCGGUUUGAAAUCUCUACAGGGGAAUGUGCUGCACUGGGAGAAAGCUACUGCAGUCAUGUGCUACAGAAACACCAGACCUCUUCGAGCUUUCGGAUACAAACUGCUUCUAGAACAUCACUCAAGGCAGAGCAUGUGCUUACGUGGAGGCUGAAAGUUGCUCAAACACAUUAAGCAGGUCAGAGCGGCAAAAACCAAGGGAUUACACAAAGAGAGCUGACAUAAAUAUAAACACAUAAAGAUAAAAUAAUCUUUGGGUACAUCAACAACUGCAGAAAACUGUCCUGUGGAUUAAAAGCAGCACACACACAUACACACACAUGCACACACAAACAAGCAUGCAUAAUGUCUAUAUAUUGUAUUCAAUAAAUUUCAAUAAAAAUAUUUGUAUUAACAUGUAAAUUACUUACAUUUGUUUUUAAAUGAACAAAAAAAAUACAUUUAUAUUUAAAUUGCUAAAUAAAAAAACGAUUGUUUAUAUUGUUUUCUUGGUAAAUUUCGCCUUACUAAAUAAAGUUAGUGGUAAGUAUAAAGUGCUAUAAAAUAAGCUAUAAGAUAAGUGCUAUAAAAAUAAACUUGAAUUGAAUUACAACAGGGCACAGGCCAUAUUCAAAAAAGCAGUGCAGGUUAGUGCACUUUCAUAAUUUUACAAAAAAGCUGAUUCAGGCAAAUCUGCGUCAUGCAACCUUAUUCUUUUUUCCUUUGAAUUUUUGUGUGUUACGGCAUUUUAAUAAACUCUUUUGUUAACUUAUUACAAAAAAUAUGUAGACUGUGUAUGCAAAUAAACGCUAUAAGCAAGCAUAAUUCAUAAUUGAAUGAGUUAAGGUUAGGUUUAAUGAAUGGCUGUUUAUGCGCCGACAUGACUAUUCACAUAUUAUGUAAAGGUGUUCAAUUCUAGCUCUGAGAAGAAAGCUAUCCAACCAAUAAGACUUGCACUCACUUCUGGUCACCCGUGCAGAAUUGUAAGAAAAAACCGUGCUCAAAAUUUUGAUAUGCAACAGAAAAUACCGGAGUAAGAGUCUAAACCCGUCCUUCUCUGUGCUUGUGAAUUCAAUGUUGUUUAAUAAAAACAAUACUAACAAGAUUUUUGCUGCUUUAAUGAGCAGAGAUCACAAAAAAAUCCCCACUGAAGGCAAACGUCCGCGCGCUGUGGGGGCUUGUCGAACAGCUGUGUCAUUACUAAUGCUUUUAUCCACGGUGGAGGGAUUGAUCUGUUUCUGGGGUGUUGAUGGCUGUGGUUUUGUGCACAUGGGGUCACAGAUGCAUGCUUUGAAUAACUGGAGUGCCAGAUGGUUUAUUCUGUCACCCUAAGGGCGACCUUAGCCCAGAGCCUGAUACAAACCCAGUAUCAACAAAACCACAUCCCAGAGUCUAUAAAAUGAUCUGAAUACUGUGUGAACUCAAGGCAAACUGAAGGUGAUGCACCACACUCUAUUCUAAUGGAUCAGCCAUUAAUGGUUAAUGCCAAACUUUGCGACACUAAGUAACGGCAGAGAGAAACGCGCACACAAAUUACAGACGGGCCCUGCGGUAGAAAUGGCUAAUCCUGGUUUAUGACUUUAUAGGCCGACCUUGGGUGGGCCAAAUCAAGAUAUUCAUCAUGUGCCACACUUUCUCUUUCACUCCCUCCCUUUCCGUGACACAGCCAGGGAUGUCCUACUGAACUGUCGAAUCAGCGCCGUGCUGACUUUUUUUUUUUCCGGUCAAGGGGGAAUUCAUGCACUUCACGAUUCAUUGGGAAGAAAAAAAAAAAACAGCGUAGACUAAUUGCAGGACUGAGAAGACGUCCAACUGUUCAAAGUACCGCACCUGGAAGUCAAUGUUAUGCACAAAUCUGGGUCAGCCUGUCAUGACUAAGCUGUAGCCGGAACGCGCUCAAGGUGAAGCGAGGGAAUGCUUUUCCCAAGCCGUCCGUAUAUCAGGAAUCACCAACAAAAUGUGAUUGCGCCCAACAAACAACUUGAAGGAAUGUUACUGUAUAUUUGAGAAGACCUCCAUUGUCGAGGCUAAGAUGUUGAAGACAGAGGCCUCGGCAGAGAGGAAUACCCUGAGGAGUGCUUCUCCGCACCGGAAUGCCUACAGGGCGGAGUUCCAGGCUCUGAAGAAGGCGUUUGACCAACCGAGACAAGAUGGAGAUCCCAAACCCAAGGACCAGGAAGGGGUCAGGCAGCCUCGAGGGCGGCAAUACGGGGCCCAUGUCAGUCGCAUCAAGAACAUGUUCAUGCAAAUGGGGACUGAGAACACUGGGUCCAACAGACGAUCAAGGGAAGAGACCUCCCCACAGAAACUCAAUAAGCCAACAAACUUCAUCAACAGGACGGAUGGGUCAGUGGUCAAGUUCCAGCACGGGACUGGAGAGCGGACUGCCGGUGGCCCACAUAACUCAAAAUUCUCAGAAACAAGGAAACUCUUUGAGCAGAGCUCCAGAGAUGCUUCACAGUCGCCCGUGUACUCUUACGGCCGGGAAAAGAGGGGUUCUCACGAGCAUUUGGAUGACUGGCGGGGGGCACGUUCGAACCGAGGCAGUACAGACUCUUUGGAUAGUCUUUGCUCCAGAACAGAGGCCUCAUCUCCCACUGUGAGUCAGCUCAGUGCUGUGUUCGAAAAUAUAGACCAACAGGGCUCCGGUGCUACUUUCAGAAGAGGCCACGGAGGUGGAAGAGGGCUGUACUCGCCUGAUGGCGUACAGAAACAUGGGGAAGCCAGCGAGGACGAUACCAGUGCACGGCAGUCUCCGUCACGUGGUUUUUACAGGACACGAGUGGGUAGCAAGCACAAUCUACCGGCUUCUUCAUCUUCAGAAGAUCUUCUCAGUCCUAGUCCUUUGACGGAGGCCAUGGACCAGGAGAAACCUGAUGAGAAGAAGACCCAGGAAACCCCAGAGCUGGUUGAUGGAUCCACUGAACCCAAACCAAAAGAUGAGGUAAACUCAACCGAGGCCGUAGGUGGUUCUUCAGCAGAGACUCAAGUCAAUGACGCUGCAGGAAAUUCACAUGAGUCUACAGCUACCAAGGUCCACGAGGACACAGACGGUCAUGUGAAAGAGGAGUCUAGCCGGAUUACAGUGGAUCAAAUUGAAGAACCCAAUGAGGAAUACUGUGGCAACGAGAGAGUUAUUUUCAAUGCUGACGGAGAUGCUUGCUACCAGGGCUGGGGGGAGAGCUGCACCGACCCUGAGGAUGACCUAUAUGAUGAUGAUCUUUCCUAUGACCCAGGAUCAGAUAUUACUGAGAUUCCCGGUCUUCCAGAGGAGGAAAAGGAUGAUAUUCCACAAAAAAGGAAAAUUCGAUUCAGCUCUGCUCCCAUAAAAGUGUUCAAAACCUACUCCAAUGAAGAUUACGACCGGAGGAAUGAAGAGGUGGACCCAGUGGCAUCCUCAGCUGAGUAUGAGCUGGAGAAACGGGUGGAGAAGCUGGAACUUCUCCCUGUGGAACUGGAAAAAGAUGAGGACGGCCUGGGAAUCAGUAUUAUAGGAAUGGGGGUAGGCGCUGACGCAGGGCUGGAGAAGCUGGGCAUCUUCGUCAAGACUGUCAUAGAGGGUGGAGCAGCAGAGAGAGAUGGAAGAAUUAAAGUGAAUGAUCAAAUCGUGGAGGUUGACGGCACCAGUCUGGUGGGAGUAACCCAGAGCUUCGCUGCUUCUGUCCUGAGAAACACACAGGGUGUGGUUCGGUUUGUGAUUGGCCGGGAGCGUCCGGGACAGCAAAGCGAGGUGGCUCAACUCAUCAGUCAGACUCUGGAGCAGGAGAGACGUCAGAGAGAGAUGAUGGAGCAACAGUACGCCCAGUAUGAUGCUGACGAUGACGAGACAGGAGAGUAUGCCACGGAUGAGGAGGAGGAGGCGGGCCAGACGGGAACAGACAGAGAUGUGGCCAUUGAGGUUUUCGAUUUACCUGAAAACGAGGACAUCAUCUCACCGUCAGAACUGGACGCCACUAAACUUUAUCAGAAGUUUCGAGAGCUGCAGAUUAAACACACUGUCACUGAAGCUGAGAUCCAGAAGCUCAAGAACAAGCUGGCUGCAGUGGAGAAAGAAAAGGCACGGUGGGAGAGAGAGAAGACGCAGCUCAAGCAAAGCAUUGAGGACAAUAAGGAGAGGAUGCUAAAACUGGAGAGCUAUUGGAUCGAGGCUCAGACGCUGUGCCAUACUGUCAACGAGCAUCUGAAGGAGGCCCAAAAUCAGUAUCAGGCCCUGGAAAAGAAGUACAACAAGGCCAAGAAGCUCAUUAAGGACUUUCAGCAGAGAGAGAUGGAGUUUGCUCAGAGGGAGGAUGCUGAGAAGAAGAGGCUGGAGGAAGCGGAAAAAGCUCAUUUGGCUGAAAUCCAGAGUCUUCAAGUUAGGAUUGCUACACUGGAGUCAGAGCUGAUGCAGCUGAUGAAGCAAAAUGGCAUCCAGGUAAACAAUAACAACAACAGCGCUGAGAGCCGAGCCCAGCUGACUGAGAGACUGACAGCCUUACAGUGUCCAAGGAGAAGUAUUGCUGCAGGAGAACUGGAUGAGCUCACAGGAACCUGUGUAACUCACCCUGAGAGAAAUGAGAGGGGCUCUGGGCCUCAGUCCUUGGGGGUGGCUGGUGCCACAGAGGCCAGGCUCAGGCACCCACAGCCUCAGCAGGGACCUGAUAAUGAGGGCUCUUCAGCAAGUCACGAUGAGAAAUCUGGCAAAAAACUACUAGAUUUGGGCUCCACAGGACCUUCAGAAGACAACAGUCCCGAAAGAUGCAAGAGCAAGAAAACAUUUUCCUGGCCACGCUUCUUCUCCUAUUCGUAUGUGGGUCCUGGCGUCACUGAUGACCUCAGCCUGAGCAGCACCAGCUCCACAGAGAUCAGCGGACUCCUGACGGACGCUAAGAUGUCCGGCCGAUCGCAAACACUAACGCUCUCCUCCGACGAGAGCGUGGACAUGAUUGAAGACGAGAUUCUAGAUGACGGUCCUCCUUCGAAGCCGUACCAGUGGCAUAACCGCAGUGUGACUGAAUGGACAUGUCAACAGGUGUCAUGCUGGCUCAUGGGUCUGAACCUGGAACAGUACGUCUCUCUUUUUACUGCCAAGAAUGUGGAUGGAGAGCAGCUACUCAAGCUGGACAGCACAGCACUCAAGGCUCUGGGUGUAGAGUCCUCUCAGGAUCGGGCUCUGAUUAAGAAAAAGCUGAAGGAUCUGAAGGUGCUGAUGGAAAAAGCUCGAAGAAACAGAGAAAAAAUGGAGAAACAGCGAAAGAAAGAACUGGAGCAGGUUCAAAAACAGGUCCGGAAAAAUAGCAACUCCUCCGGACCAGGAGAGGGCGCUACUGAAUGACACUACUCACCUCACUACUAUCUCACCAUUACAAGUACAGAUGAGUUCAGCAUUUCACAGGACUGAAAGUUCAUUGCAAAAGGGGCUUAUUGGCUAUUGAGCUGCCAUUGGAUGAAUUCAAACCAAAAU